AUGUCGCAAGUGACUUCGGUAAUUUUAGACGCACUUCGUGCUAAUGGAAUUUGUACAAAAAUUAUAAGUUCAAGCAGUAGUCUCAAUAAUACUUUUAAGCUUCGCACUGAUUCGGGUGACAUAUUCGUCAAGACAAAUAAUGAUAAAAAUUCACAAGUGAUGUUUGAAGGUGAAAAAGAAUCACUGGAAGCAAUAUCAGAGGCAGUUCCAGGGUUUGCACCAAAACCACUGUGCGUUGGGACUUUACCUAAUGGUGGCGCCUUUCUAGUGACUACCUUUCUUCAGAUUUCUGGAUCGUCUAUGCAAGAAUUAUUUGCAAGAAAGCUUGCCCAACUUCAUUCCACGUAUUCGCCAAAUGGUAAAUUUGGUUUUUCUGUGGUGACAAUGUGUGGAACUACUGAACAAGAUAAUACGUGGGAGAAUGAUUGGGAAACAUUCUUCAGCGAAAGAAGAUUGAAGUCUAUGAUAGAUAAAUGUUUGAAAAAAUAUCCUAGUGAUUUUAGAUUACGAGAAUUGGGUGAAAUCGUUAUCAAUAAAGUUAUUCAUCACUUGCUUAAAGAUAUUGAAGUAAAACCUGUAUUAAUACAUGGUGACCUUUGGAGCGGAAAUUGGGGUGUCGAUACUAUUAAAAAAGAGCCGGUUGUAUAUGAUCCAUGUUCAUAUUAUGGACAUAAUGAAAUGGAACUUAGCAUUUUGACUAUGUUUGGUAGUCCGGGACCUAAAUAUCAUAAACAUUAUCCACGUCAAGAGCCCGGAUUUGAGGAUAGACAAGGUUUGAACAGUUUUGAAUGGUGUUCAUACCGAACAAGUUCAAUAUCCAUAAUGGAAAGAUUAUGCAAAUUGGUGAAAGAAUAA